CAGCAGGGGCUGCCUAUAUCUCCCCCUACCCACCCCGGGCUGCAUACUGGGCCUGUGGGACACGAUGGUGCCUGCCAGGGUGCUGGGGCUGCUCCUCUGCGUGCAGCUCUGCAUGGGCAGCGAGGUGCUGCGGCUGGUGGAUGGCGGUGGGCGCUGUGCCGGUCGGGUGGAGGUGAAGCACGAGGGAGAAUGGGGCUCCGUCUGCACCUACGACAUCGACUGGGACGCGCAACGGGCCAGCGUGGUGUGCCGGCAGCUGGGCUGUGGCAAGGUGGCCCAUACAUCCUCGUAUUUCCCAUUUGGGCAGGGCCAGGGACGCAUCUGGCUGCAUCUCUAUUGCCGAGGCAAUGAGGCCACCGUGCAGGACUGCUCCCACUUUGGCUGGGGCAAGCACUUCUGUGGCCACGAGUGGGACGUGGGAGUGAUCUGCACAGAGGCACUGGAGCUGCGACUGGUGGACGGCAGGGGACCCUGCGAGGGGAGAGUGGAGGUGAAGCUGCGGGGACGCUGGGGCACGGUGUAUGAUGAUGCCUGGAACAUGAAUGAUGCCGAGGUGGUGUGCCAGCAGCUGGGCUGUGGCUCGGCUGCUGACACGGAGUUUACCUCGCAAGAUUUGCAAGUCAGGCAUCCCAUAAUGUUGGCCUAUAUCAACUGCAAUGGGAAUGAGAAGACCAUCUGGGACUGCAGCAUUAAGGGCUGGGGCCCCUACAAUGCCACUCGUGAUUUUAACGCCACUGUGGUCUGCCAAGGGUUCUCCCGGCUGGCCGGAGGGGACAGCGCCUGCUCGGGGCGGCUGGAGGUGCGGCAUAACCAGGCCUGGGUCAGCAUCUGCCACAGCCAUGUGGACCUCAUGGCCGCCCAGGUCGUCUGCAGGGAGCUGGGCUGCGGUACAGUGCUGGCACUACCCGGGGCUGGGCAUUUUGGAGCAGCAGCGGGGCCAUUCUGGGAUGGUGCCUUUGAGUGCAAUGGCACCGAGCCGCUCCUGUCUGCUUGCACACGGCGGCCUUCCCACAUCCAGAACUGCACUCAACCUGCUGCCAUCAUCUGCUCUCCCUACACUGGGUUCCGGCUGGCAGAUGGAGACUCGGGCUGUGAUGGCCGGGUAGAAAUGGAGGCAGGAGGGGUGUGGAGGCCACUGUGUGCCACUGCCUGGGACCUGCCCGAUGCCCACGUCCUCUGCCGCCACCUGGGCUGUGGCUCCGCCAUCUCCCUGCCCCCACCAGGCCAAUUUGGGACAGGGACAGGGACACUGCUCCAUGAUGCCCUCAGCUGCAGCGGGAGCGAGCGGCACCCAGGCGAGUGCCCCGUGGAGGUGCUGGGGCAGCCCCCCUGCCCCCAUGGGCACACCGCAGCUGUCAACUGCUCAGGUGUCACUGAGCCCCUGCGGCUCCACGAUGGGGAGAGCCAGUGCGACGGACAGCUGGAGGUGGCCAUGCGCCCCGGUAUCUGGGCCCGUGUGUCUGUGGGGCUGUGGGACAAUGGCACUGCCACCGUGGCGUGCCGGCAGCUGGGCUGCGGUGUGCCUGAGAAAAUCUAUGCUGUGCCAGACAGCGGCUCGGGCCCCAUGGAGUUGCAGGAGCUGCAGUGUGUUGGCACCGAGGAGCUCCUGGCACAGUGUAACGCCUCAGGGAUGGCCAACAAGCCCAGCCACAGCCAUGAGGAGUUGACCAUUGCUUGCUCAGGCAGUCGGCAGCUGAGGCUGGCAGGAGGCCCUGGGCGCUGCGCCGGCAGGGCAGAGGUGUACAGCAAGGGCACCUGGGGCACCAUCUGCCAGGACACCUGGACCCUGCAGGAUGCCACCGUCGUCUGCCGCCAGCUGGGCUGUGGAUUGGCCCUGGAGGCACCCGGCUCUGAGCGUUUUGGGCCAGGCACUGGGAUGCUGUGGUCGGGUGCCAGGGGCUGCUCUGGGACAGAGGAUGCUCUCUGGCACUGCCCGGCCCCUCCGCAGCGUGGCUGCCAGCGUGGUGGCGGUGCGGGUGCCGUGUGCUCAGGGCUGCUGGACCUGCGGCUGACAGGAGAAAGCAGCAGAUGCAGAGGGCAUCUGGAAGUGCUGCAUGAGGGGACAUGGGGUUGUGUUUGCGCCAAUGGCACCAGCCUCGCCACAGCCGCUGCCGUCUGCCGCCAGUUGGGAUGCGGCACUGGGGGGAGUUUGGUGGCUGUCCCAGCACAGGACUCAGAUCCCGCCUGGCUGAGCUGGGUGAGUUGUGAGGAGGGGGCCCGCUCGCUCUGGCGCUGCCCCUCGGCGCCCUGGCAGCUGCAGGAAUGCGACCCCACCGGGAUCACCCACAUCACAUGUGAAGAGGACACCAGCGACAGGAGUGAGGCCACCAGCCCAGCCCCAGCUCUCACACACAGCACUGUCCCGCUGACAGCAGCACCAAGGAGCGCGUCAGCACUCACAGUCUUGUGCGUGAUCCUGGGGAUGCUGCUGUGCCUGGCCCUGGCCGCCCUGGCUGUGCAGGCACACCGCGCACAGGCCCAGUGCCAAGGCCCCAGCAAGGAUGCUGCCUCCGAGGUUGUGUAUGAGGAGCUUGACUACAGCCUGAUGCCCGAGUACCAGGAGGUGCCCAGCAGCACAGGCUCCCUGUCCAAAGUCUCAGGAACAAAGAGGCCUGAUCACAACAGGGAUGGCACUGAGGAGAAUGACCUCCAGGUGUCUCCAGACCCCCCUGCGCAGCCCCAGCACAGCCCCUCACAUGGCUACGACGAUGCUAUGGCUUUGCCAGAGGUGUCCCCCUUCCCCCAUACUGGGGAUGCCCCGGCACAGCCCCCCAGUGACAUGGGUUAUGACGACGGUGGUGUCAGAGCCCUGGGGACAUCACUGUGAGCAGGGCCUGGGGACAUGGCUGGAACAGGGACCUCUGUGCCGAAGAAGAGGGUCUCUGGCCAUGGCAGCAUCACCUCUCCCUGCCUGGCACUGCAGAACAGUAGCAAACUGCUCCAUUCUCCUUCCUGCACCUGCAACACAACAGCUUGUCAGCUUUUUCAAAAUUAUUUUCUGUAACACUUUCCUUAUGAGUAUCUCUUCUUUAUUAAAAC